GCCAUGAACAACUUCAGGGCCACCAUCCUCUUCUGGGCAGUGGCAGCAUGGGUUACAUCAGGCAAGCCUUUGGGAGAGAUGGACGAAGUUGGAGUUCAAAAAUGCAAGAAUGCCUUGAAACUACCUGUCCUGGAAGUCCUACCUGGAGGUGGCUGGGACAAUCUGCGGAAUGUGGACAUGGGACGAGUUAUGGAAUUGACUUACUCCAACUGCAGGACAACAGAGGAUGGACAGUAUAUCAUCCCUGAUGAAAUCUUCACCAUUCCCCAGAAACAGAGCAACCUGGAGAUGAACUCAGAAAUCCUGGAAUCCUGGGCAAAUUACCAGAGUAGCACCUCCUACUCCAUCAACACAGAACUCUCUCUUUUUUCCAAAGUCAAUGGCAAGUUUUCCACUGAGUUCCAGAGGAUGAAGACCCUCCAACUGAAGGACCAAGCUAUAACUACCCGAGUUCAGGUAAGAAACCUCAUCUACACAGUCAAAAUAAACCCAGCCUUAGAGCUAAACUGGAGUUUUAGGAAGGAGCUCCUUGACAUCUCUGACCGUCUAGAGAACAACCAGACGAGGAUGGCCACCUACCUGGCAGAACUCCUGGUCCUCAACUAUGGCACCCAUGUCAUCACCAGUGUCGAUGCUGGGGCUGCUCUUAUUCAGGAGGACCACAUCAGGGCCUCCUUCCUCCAAGACAGCCAGAGCAGUCGUAGUGCCGUGACUGCCUCUGCUGGACUUGCCUUUCAAAACACCGUGAACUUCAAAUUUGAGGAAAACUAUACCUCACAGAAUGUCCUCACCAAGAGCUACCUCUCAAACCGAACCAACUCCAGGGUGCAGAGCAUCGGAGGGGUUCCUUUUUAUCCAGGCAUCACCCUCCAGGCCUGGCAGCAGGGUAUCACCAACCACCUGGUGGCCAUCGACCGCUCUGGCCUGCCGCUGCAUUUCUUCAUCAACCCCAACAUGCUGCCUGACUUGCCAGGCCCCCUGGUGAAGAAGGUGUCAAAGACGGUGGAAACUGCUGUGAAGCGCUAUUACACAUUCAACACCUACCCUGGCUGCACAGAUCUCAAUUCUCCCAACUUCAAUUUUCAGGCCAACACUGAUGAUGGCUCCUGCGAGGGGAAAAUGACCAACUUCUCUUUCGGUGGGGUUUAUCAGGAAUGCACUCAGCUCUCAGGGAAUAGGGAUGUCCUCCUCUGCCAAAAGUUGGAGCAGAAGAAUCCACUCACUGGUGAUUUCUCCUGCCCCUCUGGCUACUCCCCGGUGCGCCUGUUAUCCCAGAUCCACGAGGAGGGUUACAACCACCUGGAGUGUCAUCGAAAGUGCACUCUCCUCGUCUUCUGCAAGACUGUGUGUGAAGAUGUGUUCCAGGUGGCAAAAGCUGAAUUCAGGGCUUUUUGGUGUGUGGCCAGUAGCCAGGUACCUGAAAACUCAGGACUGCUUUUUGGGGGCCUCUUCAGCAGCAAGAGCAUAAACCCCAUGACAAAUGCACAGUCAUGCCCAGCCGGCUACUUUCCACUAAGCCUCUUCGAAAACCUCAAGGUAUGUGUUUCUCAGGACUAUGAGUUGGGAAGCAGGUUUGCGGUCCCCUUUGGCGGGUUCUUUAGCUGCACAGUUGGGAACCCCCUGGUAGAUCCUGCCAUAUCCAGAGAUUUAGGAGUACCGUCUCUGAAAAAGUGCCCCGGGGGCUUCAGCCAGCACCUAGCCCUCAUCAGCGAUGGAUGCCAAGUGUCCUAUUGCGUCAAAUCCGGGCUCUUUACAGGAGGGUCCCUGCCCCCUGCCAGGCUCCCACCUUUCACCCGGCCACCCCUCAUGAGUCAGGCUGCCACCAAUACUGUCAUAGUGACCAAUUCUGAGAAUGCGAGAUCCUGGAUUAAAGACUCCCAGACCCACCAGUGGAGGCUGGGAGAACCGAUAGAGCUGCGGAGGGCCAUGAAUGUCAUCCAUGGGGAUGGUGGUGGUCUGUCAGGAGGGGCUGCAGCUGGGGUCACAUUGGGGGUCACCACCAUUCUGGCUGUUGUUAUCACCCUGGCCAUCUACGGCACCCGGAAGUUCAAGAAGAAAGCAUAUCAGGCAAUUGAGGAAAGGCAGAGUUUGGUUCCAGGCACUGCAGCAACUGGAGACACCACUUACCAAGAGCAGGGGCAGAGUCCAGCUUAAAUCUCUCCCCGAAAAUGGUUUUUCUCAUCUCCAGUGUGGUCAUUGCUGACCACUCUGUUUUCCUAAGCAUUGAAAUGGCAAGUGCAACCAAAAGUAGGUAUAUUCGUGACUUCUUGUUUAGGUCUCUGGGCCAGGAAAUUCAUAAUGUUACAUGGAUAAGGGUGGGACUGGGGAGAGGGAACAGUUGGACUAGAAGCAAAAGCGAUUCUGGGACUAAAAUAGGAAACAGGUGUCCUUUCCCAAUGUGUGUUGCUGUCUUCACCUGAAUGCAUUUGUGUAAAAAUAGCAGAGGGAGAAUGUGAACAUUUGUAUUUGGAAGCUAUGAAUUUACUCUGAAGUUUGCAGUUGUUUCCAAUUUGUGAGCUCUAAGAGUUUCUGCCUGUAAGAACUACUCUCCUUUUAGUUUGAUUUUUAAAAAGCUGUCUGAAUUUCACACUCUUAGAGCCUGGAAGAGCCCUGAAAAGACACAAGUCUUGCCUGGCUACUGCUUUUUAACUUUGAGGGCUCUGUGUUGACAGACUGUUAUCUCCUCAGGGUGACCUCAAACAUCUGAAAAGAAAGAUGUUGCCUGUGCCAAUUCCACUUUUUCCAGCUGCCCCAAGAUGAACACUCCCUUAUACCAGACCACUCUUGGACUUCUAACUAGUGUCAUCAAGUCCUCAGAAAAUAUUUUAAGUAAUAAACUUCUAUUAGUGGGUCAAAGAGGAAGGGAUGAUUUGGAGACAAGGAGUAAUGAAAGAUGGGUAAAAACUGAAAAAGAUUCUGGUGCUAAGUACUACCCCUUCAUCUUCCAUGGAUAGUCAUUACCUUUCCCGUCCUCCUGUUCUAUGAACACACACACACACACCCCACAUUUCAAUAAGUCUUCAUUGUUCUGGAUCCUUACUUUUCCUGUCCUCCUGUUAUAUGAACGAACACACACACACACACACACACACACACACACCACAUUUCAAUAAGUCUGCAUUGUUCUAUGUCCUUACCUUUCCUGCUCUCCUGUUAUAUGAACACACACACACACACACACACACACACACACACACACACACACCCCCACAUUUCAAUGUCUGCAUUGUUCUGGGGGUAAAAAAGGCAAGAAGUUAAGUAAGACCACAUUUGAGUAUUACUUACUCUGUAGAAUCAAAACAGAGUAGUUAACACCAAUUAUGCAAGCUACAUUUUUUUCCAGCAGAAAGGGAGCGGACAUGAUCAAAUCCAUGUUUUCAAAUGAACUGAAAAAGGCAUCCAGCACCACUUAUAACACAUUUAUUUCAGUUCCAGGCUGAGAGCCCUGGGGCAUCUAGCAGGAUGCAUAAUUGUCAUCUGGCGAGAGUUGGGACUUUGCUCAAUUUUAAUACCAGUCUCUCCUGAUUGUAAUUACCUCCACUACUUUCAUGAUCCCCCUACAAUAUUUUUUUUAAAUGAUAUAUUUAUUCACUGAAUCAAACGUCAUUAAUGAGUUAUCUUCUGUGGAGGAUGACGGUUCCCUUUGUUAAUGUUCACAAUCAAAAUCUUGGGCUGAGAAGAGGCCCUUCACCCAAGGAGUUUGAAGCAUCAUGGCGUGUGGGAAGGUGGGAACCAGGAUACCCAUUCAUUUCCAACUGAGACACAGAGAAGUGAGUCACAGAAUUUGAGCCCUGCUCUCUUGACUGCCCAGAGACACUGAUUUCUGUAACCUCUUCACUUGAUCCUGCCUCUUAAGCAUUAAAACAUUCUCCUAAACCUCUGAGUGUUUUGUGGGUUCCGGGUGUUUUGUACGUUUUAGCCAAGCUAACCACUUGUCUGCAAAUACUGACUUUCCUAUGAAUUCUUUGAAGAUUACUGAGUCAGAAAGGAAAAAUACAGCCCCAAAUUCCCAGGCUUUUAAUGCAUUAACUGCCUAUUGAAAUGAGAAGUUCUUCACAAACUUGUAUUCCCACUAACAAAAUUGCACAUAAAUAUGCAUUAAAGUAUGUACUAAGAAAUCCUCUGUCCAACGGCUCAUGCAUAUGAAGUCCGAACAUGGGAGUUUGCCAGUUGCAUUCAUCAAGUCGUUUUGCAGAGUCAGAUCCCUGAUGGAAGAGCUCACAGGCUCUGCCUUCCAAGUCCUGGGUCCCUAACUGGUGACCUUAGGCUGGGGUCUGUGGGGAGACCAACCCUGGCUUCCAAGAAAACCACAUUCCAUGGACUAUCAGAAAUAGACACAGAUUUGGGUGACAAAGGUGGCUCUGUAUUUGCAUUUUAUUUUUGUGUUCUUGUCAGUUUGGAGAUGAUUAAUAUUAAACAUUUAUUUGAGAAACAACAGCCUGUAAAUGAUUUAAACACACACUAUACUGCAGUCAGGCAAAGAGACCUUUAAAAGUGAAUAUUCGUGAUUCUAAAAGUGUUUUUUCUCCCACACGUUCACUUACUCAUUUUCCCAGCCAUGUGAUCUGUUCCUUUAGGCAAACAAAGAGUCUAGCCAGGUCAAAUGUGUGGGUGGGUAAUAUGUGGAAAAUUUGUUUUUAAGCGGUUGGGGAGGGACUUCCCCCAUCCAUGGCAGGGCUUGUGGUUGCUUACAGACUCAGGGAGGUAACCCAAAUCCCUCACAGAUAGUGCACUAAUCUACAAACAGCAGAAGGCCAACAACAGCAACAAUUUUGUGGUUGUUCAUUUGCCAUUUAUUGUUCUGCACAGACACCUCAUGAGCACCAGGUGGCGAUGUCCUCUCGCAGAGCAACACCAAAAGACUUCAAAAACAUUCCAGUUACAAUCAUAACAAUUCACUUAGGACAUUCACCUGCCUCUCCCAGAACCCCCAAUCUAAUGCCGGGGACCACAGAGAAGGAAAGGGGUCAGGGGUCCUUUCUUGUACCAGUGAGCCUUCCCCCAGUUUUCUCAUGCACACAACAGUGCAAUACCAAUACGAGUACUUUUGAUCAAGUAUAAAACCACAGAGAAGACCAAAAUGUACAAAAAUGGGAAGAGAAUGAAAACACAAAGGCACACGCAGCCACAAAUACACAAUUAACCUUUUAGGGGAUGAGCAUCUGACAAGGUUUGUCUCCAAUCCAAUUUGCCAUCCCUGGAGACUCUGGAAGGGAGAAACUAGGCUGCUGGUGCUAAGACCAUGAAAGGGAGGGCAUGGAAUCCCCUACUUGGGCCAGGAGCGCACAGCAGAGCUUCUAGUGGGAAAACACUCUGUGUCAAGGUAGUGGAUGCACAGGGCUCGGCUGGCAGGGUUCUCACUGAAAUCUAGACCGCACCUUUCCAGGUUGGCACAAGAGAAAGGGCAGAGGAAUGCUCCCCGCCUUGCCGGGCACAGUGUUAGAAAGGAAAUUCAAGAUCCCUACUGCCCGGAAAGCCACACAAGAAUAGCAUGAGGAUGAGGUAGCCCCUACUGAGCAUCUGCAGAGAGGACAAGAAAUGGGGCACAGACACAAUCAAAAGCCCAGGGAAAAAGGCUUGAAGGUAUGAAGUCGACCUCUCCAAGUGGUAUUGCCACAGGCACAGCGGCUCCCUUUCCAUCUUGAGUCCUCUUCCUUCUGCUCCUGGCCACCCCCUUCCCCACCUAUACCUUCUUCUCCCUGAUGUGGGGAAACUGAUCUCUCCCCAAUGCCUAAUUCCACUGUGAAAGUCUGUCUUCUUUUCUUCCCCACCUCCUACUGCCUCAUUGUGUCUUUCUUCCCAUGGACCCUCAGUCUAUUUCUGCACCCUUGUGGCCAAGAAGCUCAGCAGAUACUUGACCAGUGUGCGAAGGCAGAGACGGCAUGAGGCUCUCCAAGUAAUCUCUGGUACAUGGUAACCUGAAAAAGGGCAUGGGUGUGACAUUAAACACCACAGGGAUGUCUCUUCCAUUUAGUUCAGGUGUUUCUUUCCUAACUAUGGCAGGAAAUUGCCCUGUGGUGCAGUAACCUUGGGACCAGUCUCCUGGUCUGCUGGUGAGAUACAAUGGCUGCCUGCUGACAGGAGACACAGGGACAAGGAUGGCAGAACAAUUCCUCCCAUCAGAGCUCCCUCUGGUGGAGCUGAUCAACAUCCCUGUAGCCAUUUGGAAAGAGAGCAAAGGCUCAGCACCAGCACAUCCACAGAACUGGGUGACAGGCAGGUGAAUCGACUAUCCACCCCAACGUCAAAAUGGCUGGAGGCCUAACAGCAAGCAGCUAUGGGGCUGGCUUUUAUGAAAGAUUGGCCUCUGGUUUCCAUCUAAGUACCAUUUUUGAAGGUUCUCUUGUUUCCAUUUUUCUAGCAUCAAAAACCUUCCAAAUAUUAUGAAAUAUAUAUGCAUAUAUAUAUAUAUAUAUAUAUACGUCAAACCCCCAAAACAUGAGGUAUAUAAAUUCAAAUUAGUAUCCAGAGGAACUUCCCCCAAACACAUAGUUCAAAGAACCCACUUUCAAAGGGGGAAUUGGGUUUCCCUUCUUGAUCCCCCCUGUUCUCCUCCCUGGCCCCCAAUUCAUUCCUUACUGGGAGCCAAAGGCAAUAAGAAUGUUGGGGAGGAGAUAGGGUCUUGGGACACAACAAGAUGCAGAUUGGACCAGACCAUAUUGUGAUCCCAACCCCAUUAGGAAUGAGCUAAAGAGAUUCUCUCCCUGCUGUAAGUCAAUCUAUAAUAGAUGAGGGAGAUGAGGGACCCAGCAGCUCUGGGCUCUGAUUAGCAAAUUUGCAUGGAAACAGACUGAAGCCUUCAUAGAAAAAAGACUGGAUGGAGAUGAGCUCUGAUCCAAUCUUGAAAAGAAAUAUAAAAGGAAGAGUCC